CCCAGCCUGGCCCUGAUGCAAAAGAGGAGGAUGACACCCCUUGGCUGUGCAGGUGACACUCCUCCCAGGGAAGACGCUGGAGGAGCAGAAACAGCAGCUCUUGAACAUCCGUGGUGCCGCUUCCAGCAUCCCUGCUCUCUGGACCUCGGGAUGUGUGGUGUUCACCACAGAGCUAUUAUGGGCUGUGACAUCCUGUUCUGCAUCCCUGCGCUCCCCAUGCUUUUCUUCCUGGGAGAAAACAUUUCAAGGCUGAAUCUGUCUCCAGGUUUUGCAGAGCUGAGCCAGGCUGACCCUGAGCACGGAAACACCAUGUACGAGCUCAACGAAAGCAGCUUCGACCCCAUCACCUUUGUCCUGACAGGCAUCCCAGGCAUGGAGGAGUCCCACAUCUGGAUCUCCGUCCCCUUCUGCCUGAUGUAUCUCACCGCAGUGUUCAGCAACCUGGUCCUUCUCUUCGUCAUCACCACGGACCGGAGCCUGCACGAGCCCAUGUACCUCUUUCUCGCCAUGCUGGCUCUCUCUGACCUCCUGCUGUCCACCACGACGGUGCCCAAAAUGCUGGCAAUCUUCUGGUUCAGCGCCAGGGAGAUUUCCUUCGAUGCCUGCAUCACACAGAUGUUCUUCACCCAUUUCAGCUUCAUCGUGGAAUCCUCUGUGCUGCUGGCCAUGGCCUUCGACCGGUACGUGGCCGUGUGUGACCCGCUGCGCUACGCGUCCAUCUUGACCCCCGCGGUGAUCGGCAAAAUUGCUGUCACCGCUGUCGCCCGCGGGUUCUGCAUCAUGUUCCCCCCCAUCUUCCUCCUGAAGCGGCUGCCGUACUGCGGGCACAAUGUGAUGCCCCACACCUACUGCGAGCACAUGGGCAUCGCCCGCCUGGCCUGCGCCGACAUCCGGGCCAACGUCUGGUACGGGCUGACCACGGCGCUGCUCUCGUCGGGGCUGGACGUUGUUCUCAUCGCCGUCUCUUACGCGCUCAUCCUCAGGGCAGUGUUUCGGCUCCCAUCCACAGAGGCUCGUCUCAAAACCCUCAGCACCUGUGGCUCCCACCUCUGCGUGAUCCUCAUGUUCUACGUGCCUGCCUUCUUCUCCUUUCUCACACACCGCUUCGGCCACCAAAUCCCGAGUCACGUCCAUAUCCUUCUGGCCAACCUCUAUGUUGUGGUCCCACCCAUGCUCAACCCUAUUGUGUACGGGGUGAGGACCAGGCAGAUCCGGGAGCGUGUCAUCCGCCUCCUCUGCCCCACAGGGGAGUGUCCCUGCCCCGGCUGGGGCCGCAGGUGCUGAGCUGGGGAAGGGGGAUGUGGGAUGGGGUCUGGAAAGCAGCACCAAAGGCUGCAGCACUUUCUGGCCUGGAGGAACCGUUUUGCCCAAGGGGUUCAAGAGAAGCUGAAGGUUGUGUGAUUUCUGGAAAUGUGGGCUUGUGUCAUCAGCAUCUUCACUGUUGCUGGUUUCUCCUGGAGCUGCUUCCCCUGAAUUUCCCUCAUUGGCAGAGACUGGGCAGCUUCAGCUGAGAAGCAUCAAGGCUCUGCUGACUCACUGCCACCUGCUACAGCUGGUUGUGUUUGCUGUCCUACAGCUUCGUUUCUGCCUGUUCCUUCAGCUUUCUAACAGUGUCCAGACCAUGAACACCUUGUUGGCUGCCGGACUGGAGCAUGGCACACCAACCACAGCUGGAUGGGCAACGCACUGCUCACCAUGGCACAGAGGGGGUAUGUCCUCCUGUCCUCAUUGAUCAGGGACCCUGGCACCUCUUGCUGCUGAAGAUGUGUCCCUGCUGAAGUGUCCUGAGAGCUUGGGAAAGGCUUUAUUGUCCUGUGCUUGAGGGAAACAUUGCCCUUAAACCAUGACUCCCAAAUGCAAUUCCAGCCUUUAGAGGGGUGUUUAAAGGGACAAUGAUCUCCUACACCCACCACAUCCCACUGGGAUGCUUUCUGUCUGUGCAAGAGCACGGCACUGUGGAGCAGCACUCAGCCUGAAGCACGUUGCACCUCAAGAUCCUUCUCUGUCCAUGUGCUGGCUGAUAAACCACCAGUUGUGUCGCUGGAUAUUUGAUUCAUCCUUCAACACCCAAAGAGCUUUGCAGGAUUUUCCUUGUUCCCCUCAUGUGGAUGUAGCAAUUGAGUCAGUAACACCUUAUUCUACCUGAGGUCAGUGGCACCCUGCCCAGGUGGCCCUGAGCAGCGGUGCAGGUGUGAAAGGUGAGCACUCGGCAUCGCUGGAGGACCAGCGAGGACAACCCGUGUGUCUGGAACACAGGCUGAAUCCCAGAAUCACUGAGGUUGGAA